AUGAGUAAUUCUCCCCAUCCACAUUCUAUUAAACGCUGUCGUAGCCUAUCGCUGAUAGGAAGUAUUGAGACUCCUGCCCAGAGAAAGUCGCACAAAGUUCUUUCCCACAAAAUCUAUCGAGGGCGACUUAGCCUUGGGCGAGGUGGGGCAGCAGCAGGACGAAUUAACCGCCGCAAGACACGAAACGAUUACUCAUAUCUGCAUGCAGACGAUGAAGAUGAUGACUAUUAUUUGAGUGGCAGCCAUGCGUCGACUCCUGGUUCCUCGCCUGCCUUUCGUUGUCUCGCUGUUAUUGACCGCUCAUCCUCAAGUUCAAGCGUUGCAGCAGAUGCUACAAAAAUCCACGGCUCCGGUUCGGAUGCUGUGUUCGUGGACGUCGCUGAGGAUGAAAGAAAUAAUCUCUUCCGUGAUCUCGACAACUUUCUAUGUGCUGACCGGUAUAUGUCGUCGAAACUCACGAUGGCUAAUACACCUGGUAGAACAGAACAGACAUUCACGAUAGGCUCGAAAAAGGAGCAGCAUAAAUAUGGUGAUGUUUUGUGGUUGAUAUUGCGUGCAUAUUUCAGUGGAAGGGAAGUUUCUGGAGGCCAAGAUGCAACGUUUGAAAUGGAUGCUUUGGUUUGUACUAAACGUGAGGAACGCAGUGAGGUCUUGGAGAAGAUAGUACGAUAUACAGCCAUACCGGUGGUAGAAGGCUUUGAACGUCUGGAGACGAACUACAUGACCCAUUUGAAAAGCACGAGAAAAGAAGUAAAUGAACUGCUGAAGGAAUACGAGAAGUACCAAGCUCUCUUCCCACAUUCGAAAGCAAUGGAGGAUGAUUGCUGUAAACGAAAAGGAGCGGCAUUCACGAGACAGUUACUCGACAAAGUAACACUGCUGAUCACUUGGCUGAACACCGUGGACGACUUGGCUUCGAAGAUCACUCAGCUUGGUACUGUAUUCGAAGUGAGCCGGGUUCCUGAUGCCGAGAAACAUUGGCCUCGUCCGUUACACAGUUCGUCUUGGACGGUCGGACUUCGUGAUGCACGACCAGUGUUUGAAGCGUUCGUAAAGCGGAGCCUUCUUCUCAGGGGCAUGAAGCGUGUAGUUGCUCGAGUUUGGGAAGUGUGUGAACGAACAAUCAUGAAAACUGCUAUCCUUCUUCAACCGCCGAUUGCUAGUUAUGCCCAUGCAGCUUCUCGGCAGCGGACGAUGCUACGGCUGACAUCAGUUCAGAUGGAGCGGUACAAUGAGAUGUUCAAUUUUACACUCACAAGCGAGAAGGCCAAAGCAGUACGCUUGCCAUCAGUUGGGCCGAUGUUCAUAUUUGUCCUUGGCGUUCGUUUAGAGCUAGCCCGAGAAUGGUUAAGUGUUAGAUCAAAGUGGAAGAUACCGGAAGGUGCUGAGAUGGACAUACUUACAAUGGACACCUUGAUUGAAGAUUGCCGUGAUUGUGUUGAUGAGGCUGUACGGGCGAAACUAUUUUUCCUUGACGUUAUUCAAUCGAUUUGUCCGAAGGGGAGGAAAGGGAAACUUUGUACGGCUGAUUUCGAAAACACAUUGAAGGAUGUUUUCGAGAAAUAUCUUGGCUACGUCGAGCGCUGGUGUGAUUCGGUAGCGCUUAGCGGCGAUCUUGGACGCUUGUUCUCCAGACUAGAGGAAGAAUGGCGAACAGCAUUUCAAUGUUCGCUUCACAUACACUCCGGUCUUGACAUGCUGGCAUCAUCAUUCUGCACAUAUUUUCCUCACUUGCUGAACGAGCUCGUGGUGAAGUUCUGGGAAACGAGUAUGGAGAACAUCUCCGAAAAGCAUGGCAUCCGUGAGUUAGAGGAUGAGAGGAGCUUUGAUGAGACUGAUAACGGUUAUGACAGCCAAACUCGUGAACAGACAACGAUGUUCAGUGCCUUCCGAGCGUACAAUAGUGUGAUCAGAGAGGUAAAAGAGCGUUCUGCGAGACUUGUUGCUCUGCUCCGAAGCGCUUUGAUGGACCUUCACGAUGCGGCCGGUUACACAAUGAUCCAACCCUUGGAAGACGUUCUCGCUGCUCUUCGACCUGACUACUGCUUGGUUGAUUUUGGCGAGGAAUCAGUUGCAGUAUGUGUGCUGAUUGACUCGGCUAGCGCUGAUAAGGCUUUGGCACAGGAUUUAAUUACCGCCCUUGCUGAAGGAAGGAAACCUGACAAUGGGCGCGUCAUUGUAUGGCUGUGGAAUUAUCGACGUGUGAAGCUUACACUCGAGGAAAAUGUGAUGGAUAACAUCCAUUAUCUGAGAACUGAUGUGGUCUGUGCUGUUGGUGUGGAUUGCAAACUGGAGAAGCGAUACCCUGGUAUGUUUGAGCUGGUGCUAACGUCUUGCUCAUCGCACUAUAAUGUGGACCGAGAGUUGAGGAAGCUGGCGGAAGCCUUCCUGGAACUAACAGAUAUACUGACUUGUGGAUUGGCGGUGCUAUGCUCUGACGUACGACGUACCUACGAUUCUACAAAGAUGCGUGAUUCGGUAUUCUGGACUCUGAUUCAAGCAUUCAACUUUGCUUUUCAAGUGAGCUACUCAUCCUACUUUCCUUUUAUUUAUUGA